AUGCUGAUAGAAGGCUUAGAUAGUGAAUACCACAGAAAUACGACAUCAGCCAAUAUCCCCCUUCAUCUCCUGCCCCUGCAUACCUCGCCGUUCAAACUCCAGGCUCGUCACUAUCAUAAGCGCAGCAAUAACAGCGCCCCCGACUCUCGUCCCGAACACAAGCCAGAACCAGCUCCAGCAGCUCCAGCAGCUCCAUCGUCACCAUCACCGUCCCUUCCAACAACCUCCGACCCCGACCUCCCGCACCUCACCCCUUCCCAAACCGUGCACAUGACCCAGAUCACCGAAAAACCCAUCACAGCUCGAUCCGCAACAGCAAGCUGCCUCGUUCACUUCUCCAACGCACGACCACACGAGCUCCUCCGCAAGGGCCUCACCAAGAAAGGCGACGUGUUCAGCGUCGCCCGCAUCGCGGGGAUAAUGGCCGCCAAGAAAACGCCGGACCUGAUCCCGCUUUGCCAUCCGAGUAUUGGGAUUACGGGAGUGGAGGUCGAUGUUACGCUUGUUGAUCCUGCUCCUCUGCCUGGACCUGGUUCUCUGCCGGGUUCGCAAGCGAGCUCUGGGACGAGAAUGAGGUAUGGGGCGAUGCGAGUAGUUGCGACGGUUAGUUGUGCAGGCCGAACAGGUGUGGAGAUGGAGGCGAUGACGGCGACGGUGGGGGCUGCGUUGACAGUGUAUGAUAUGUUGAAGGCUGUGGAUAAGGGGAUGGUGAUUGGGGACGUGCAGUUGCUGGAGAAGAAGGGGGGAAAGAGCGGGCAUUGGGUGAGAGAUGAACAAGUAAAGGAGGAUCCUUGA